AUGGCCGACGUGUCCGAAUAUACAGCCGGGCUCGAGGCCUCGGAAGCUCAAGCUGCAUCCGCGGAGAAGCCGUCUGCUACGUCCGCUGCUGUCGCUGAGAGUGCCAACAAAUUUCAACAUGCCAUAUCAGCAUGGAGGAACAUCGACUUGACCACUCUGGUCUCGACCCUAGACAACACAGCAUCUGAAAUUGUCGCCUACCAGCGAGACUCGACAGUCCAGCGCAAGGACCUUGCUCAGAAAACAAAGGACUUCAGGAAACUAGAUGAUGCCAACAAGUUGACCGAGAUCAAGGCUCUUCUCAAGGCCUACCAAACCUUUAUCGAUCUUUUGACCAACCAUUCGAAGGCCACCAAUUCGUCUUUCCUCCAAGUCUAUUCAGCUUUAUCCGACGCGCCAGAUCCAUAUCCGUUACUAGAGGCUUCGGUAGACUCCAUGCUGGUUUCGGAGGACACCUUACCCAAACUUACCGAGGAGAACCAACAUCUCCAGAAGAACAUCUCCAAACUCACCUCACAGCUGGAAGAGACAGAGUCGAAAUGGCAAUCCGAAAGCGCGGCACGGAAGGAGCUGGAAACCAAUUUGGAAGGCAAAGUCAAGGAGGUCGAGGCAUCGUGGAGCGCAGUCCUGGAAGAGAAGAAGGACAACUGGGAAGCCAAGGAGAAAGCGUUGGAGGAGAAGGUUGAGAACCAGGAGAGACUAAUGACGGAGAUCAAGGCCAGCUACGAAGUCAACCAACGCCUCAAGGGUUCGGGAGAUGCUGAAUCUGAAGGACAACGAGGCCACGUCACCAACGCCGAGCUCGAAAUGGUCCACGCUGAUCUCGAGCGAACGAGCGCGAGACUUGCCGAGGUCGAAGCCCGGAAUGAGCAAAUGCGAUUGGAGCUGGCGCAAGCCAAGUCACAGGUAACUACUCAGGCACCAGCACUCGAGGAUGACCCAAGCUACAUGCGAAUGCGCUCCGAAAACUCAUCUCUCAUCCGAAAAUUGGACUCGGCGAGGUUGGAGAAGGAAGCUUUCAAGCGAGACAUGAACUCCAGACUCAGAGGCCUGGAGAGAGAAGUGGGUCUGCUCAAAGAAGACCGAGAUAACCUGAAAGCAAAAGUACAAAAAUGGCACGACUAUGAUGAUGUGAAGCAAGAGUUGGAGGUCCUGAAGAGCAUCGAGUUUGCCACAGGGGACGAUGACGACGCCUUGGUCGCUGACGCGGAUUCCAACGGGACAGCUGUCAAGGGCAAAGGAGAUACUCUCGAGCAGCUGCUAUUGGCUCGAAACAAGAAGCUUAGCGACGAGCUGACCAUUCUGCGCGUAUCUCACCACGAUCUUCAGGCCCGUCUGGAAACCCUCCAAGAGGACAUGUCGAGGACGAAUGCCGAUCUGGAGAGAUCACAAAACCUCAAUACACAGCUUGAGAACGAUUUGGCCAACCUCCAAGCAGAAGGUCAGAAUGCAUUCCCGUCAGGAGCUUCCAUAGCUGGCACAUAUGCCCGUUAUGCGCCUUCCUUGGCGCCGGGCAGGCGAGGAGGCCGGACCUCGCCAACCUCUUCCAUCAUAUCCGGGUUCAACCCUCGCGACGGUGGCGGGGAAGCAUACGGAGGCGGAUCGGGCAUGCUACCAAUGAUCACUGCCCAGCGAGAUCGGUUCAAGCAGAGAAUUACACAACUCGAGAACGAGUUAUCCGAAUCGCAUCGCACGAUAUCACAGUUGCGAUCGGAGACAGCGGCAUUACAGAAAGAUAAUCUGCAGCUGUACGAAAAGACUCGAUACGUUUCGACAUAUAAUCGCGGAACCCCGUCGGCCUCCUCGUCCUCUGCGUAUUCUUCGAAUCCUAACCCCUCGACAGUAGCGAUAGGUGGCACAGGUAACCCUGGUAUGUCGCUAGAUAGAUACAAGAAGGCCUACGAGUCCAACAUAUCACCGUUUGCGGCCUUCAGGGGCCGGGAAUCGGCAAGGGCAUACAAGCGUAUGAGCUUCCCCGAGCGUGUGGUUUACUCGGUCACGCGGAUGGUGCUCGCCACCAGGACGAGCCGGAAUCUGUUUGCGGCGUACUGCGUGGCGCUGCAUUUGCUCGUCUUUUUGUCGCUGUAUUGGAUGGGCACUACAGAAGCCGAGCAACACGCAAGCAAUCUGAGUCAAGGCAUUGCAGGUGCUGCAGCACUGGCAGGAACGGCUGGUGGCCAAGGUGUUGACACCGGUUCAGGCCAUGGGAAAUGGGGUGAAGAGUCGACUGACUUCUAG